AAGCGUGCCGCCGCUUCAGUUUUAUCCUGUGGGCGCGCCAGCGGGACUUCUUUCGCGAGCCAUGGCCGUCCCGUGGCUUUUGCUGCUGGCUGCAACCGUUGGAACCCCCCGGGCGCAGCCCUGGGUGUCGGUGAGCCACCACGAGAGAGCACCCAAGGUGGACACCCAAGCGCUGGGCAAUCUGAAGGAGACGAAGGUCUUGGAGAAGCAGCAAUUGGACCUCAGCAUUACUCGGCAGCACGCUUUGGUGGCAUCUCUCACGGUGGGCACGCCCCCACAGAAGAUGACCUGCCUCCUGGACACCGGCAGCUCAGACCUGUGGCUGCCCUCCAAGCGCUGCACAAGCUGCCAGAACCCGCACAUGUUCCACGCGGACCGGUCCUCUAGCUUCAGCCCAUCUCUGGUGGACUCGCCCCAGGGCAAACGCCCCAUCGCGGUGAGGGUGAGCUACGGCACCGGGGAGAUUGUCGGGUACAAGGUGCAAGAUACCGUGACCUUCGGCGGAGCUGAGAUCAAGAACCAGACGUUCAUCAUCGUGGAGGACGCCCAACUCCCAGGGGACCGGGACUGGGACGGCAUUUGCGGCUUGGGAUGGGCCUCCAUCGCGCAGCUGGGCCACCCGCUGUACGAGCGCCUGCAGGAGAUGGGCCGCAAGGCGAUCUUCUCCUUCGUACCGGAGGGCACCACCUCGUCGCACAUGGCCCUGGGCCAGGUUCCCAGCUACGCCAUCAAGCCGGGCAGCCUUGUGUGGACUCCCACCGAGCACCUUCACGGCGGACUUGGCCUCCUCGCAGUCGGAGCUGGGCUCGGCGACCGGAUACUUCGAGGAGCUGAAGAAGCAGUGUCUCUCCCCCGAGGCGGAGGCGGCCAAAGCGGAGGCGCAUCGCCAGGAGGCAAGAAAACGUUCUGGAUCACGCGGGGCGGCAUUGCGGUCCACAAGCAGUCCCCUCAUGAAGCCCGAUUCCUGGUGGACACAGGUACCAACCAGGUCCUGCUGGCGCCUCGGCACCUCUACAUGAGCAUCAUGCGCUCGGUGCUGCCGGACGACAAGUUCGACAAGCUCUGUGGCAUGGAUCAAUCGGCGGGUGGGGUGGUCUUCUGCGACUGCAGCGUGGUGGAGCAGUCCAAAGACCUGCCGCCCCUGAAGAUCUUUCUGGGCGAUCGGCCCUUCGAGCUGCCGAUAGCGGAGAUGUUCUCCAGGAUCCCCACCAUCAACGGGCAAGGCCAUGCCUGCAUGCUGGCAAUCCAGCCUAACAAUAUCAACAUCGAAGAGCCAAGCAGCGGGUUCCCUCUCCCCUUGCCAUUCGGUGGCAUGGGAGGCGGCAUGGGAGGACUGCCGGAGAUGCCGUCCAUGGACGACUUCCCCUUGCCCUUCUCCUUUCCGAUGCCUGGCCUCGGGGCGCCUGUCUUCGGCGGCUCCCACCACCGCAGCCACGGCGACCUCCUCGACUCCAUCUUCGGGGACCCCUUCGGUUCCCGCGGUCAGGGAGGUUUGGGCGACCCCUUUGCGCCGUUCAAAGACAUGGGUAUCGGCCAUCUGGGCCAGGGCGUUCAAUCGGAGCAAGUACAGGAACGCAUCCACCAACGCCCGGAUGGCACGGUGUGCAAGGAGAUCACAGUGUUGGAGAAUGGAAAGGUGAAGAGUCGCAAGGAGGAGUGUACCAAGCCUCAAGAUGCGGAUGCGGUGAGGAGGUUGCAGCUGUUGGUGCCCACGGGCGGAAUCCUGGAGAUCCCCUUGGACCCUGCGGGCCGCGAAGAAGGCGGUGAGCAGCUGCCGCGGGAGCCGGACUUGUGGAUCCUGGGCGGAAUGUUCCUGGAGAAGUUCGUCGUCUCCUUCGACUUUGACCAGGGCCGUAUCGGCUUCGCGGAAAAGGCCGCAGGCACCGAGGCCAUCGAGGCGGCGGUCGGCCUGGCCAGCCUACGCGGCGCAGAACACACGAGCGGAGCGUCGUUGGCCAAGAUCGCCGCAGGCGCCCUGAUUGCCGUGACAGCCACCUCGCUGAUCUACGCUACACUGCGCAUGCGCCUGCGCAGCGAGCGUGAGCUGGUGGAGCCGUUGGAGCUGUUGCCCUCGGAGUGAUGGCCUUCCGAAACGCGUUGCCUCUUAUUUGCCCCUCCGGAAGUGAGGAGGCCAUUUGUGCGAUUUGUGGCUGUGCCGACCGGGAUGAGCUGGCAGGGAUUCAGGUCGAGAGAGCUUUUGUCUUUUUGGCUUUCCCCUGGC